UUUAGCAGAGAGUUAUCUGGUGAAAGAGCGAAAAACCACCAAACGGCUAUAAAUGGCGUUACAGAGUUUCAUAGCACAGAGAGAGAGAACGCGAGAUUGAAGGAAGUUAGAGAGAGAGAGAAAGAUAGAAAUCCGAUUUUUAUUUUUUAUUUUAUAUUUAUUUUUGUGGUAAUCCCUUCAAGAUCGUUGCUUUUAGCGGGGGCUUUUUUUCUUUCCCGCUAGAUAUUUACUGGACUGGAAUUUUUGUCUCUAAUUUUGAGCGGUUGAUCCUAGCCGUACGAUCUGAAUUUCGUGGAGUUUGAUAGAGACGAGAGGGUUCGGGAAACAAGGAAUUGUUUGGCAUUUGGUUUCAUUUCUUAGUAUUAUUGUUGUUGUUGUUGUUGUUGUUGUUUUUCUUAAUCUUCACGAAGUUCGUGUUAAUCAUGUCUGAUGGAUAUUAUAGUUCUAAGAAGACCGAUGAUAUAUGCGAGGACGUUUGUGGCCAGCAGGGACCUCGAGGGGCACUAAGCAUGUCCAGACUCCGGUGCAUUUUGCGAGGACUGGAUUUCAAGACGUAUAUUUUCUUAUUUGUGGUUGUUCCAACAUGUAUCUUUGGUAUAUAUUUACAUGGGCAGAAGAUCUCUUAUUUCCUAAGACCACUCUGGGAAUCUCCCCCGAAGCCCUUCCAUGAGAUCCCCCAUUACUAUCAUGAAAACAUGUCGAUGGAGGCCCUUUGCCGACUUCACGGGUGGCGAAUUCGUGAGUUGCCAAGGCGCGUCUAUGAUGCGGUUCUUUUCAGCAAUGAGCUUGAGAUCCUCACUAUCAGGUGGAAUGAAUUGUAUCCAUAUGUGACGCAGUUCGUGCUUCUUGAAUCGAACUCAACAUUUACUGGUCUGCCUAAACCAUUGCUUUUCGCUAGCAAUCGGGAUAAGUUCAAGUUCAUUGAGCCUCGGCUGACUUAUGGAAUGAUUGGAGGAAGAUUCCAGAGAGGUGAAAACCCGUUUGUGGAGGAGGCGUAUCAGAGAGUAGCACUGGAUCAGCUUCUCAGAAUAGCGGGCAUAGAAGAGGACGACUUGCUGAUAAUGUCCGAUGUUGAUGAGAUUCCUAGUGCCCACACGAUUAAUCUGCUGAGGUGGUGUGAUGACAUCCCGUCUAUCCUUCAUCUUCAGCUCAGGAACUACUUGUACUCUUUCGAGUUUUACGUCGAUAACAAGAGCUGGAGAGCUUCUGUUCAUAGAUACCACAGCAAAACUAGGUAUGCUCACUACAGACAGACAGACGACCUAUUGUCCGAUGCAGGGUGGCAUUGUAGCUUUUGCUUCCGCCAUAUCAAGGAGUUCAUAUUUAAGAUGAAAGCUUACAGCCAUUACGAUCGGGUGAGGUUCUCUCAUUACUUGGACCCGAAAAGGAUUCAGGACGUGAUAUGCAAAGGCGCUGAUUUGUUCGACAUGAUUCCUGAGGAGUACACCUUUAAGGAGAUCAUUGGGAAGAUGGGACCGAUUCCUCGCUCAUUUUCUGCAGUUCAUCUUCCUGCUUAUUUGUUGAACUAUGCUGAGAAGUACAAAUACCUGUUACCUGGUUACUGCAAAAGAGAAAGUGGCUGAGUCUUGGAAAUUGAGUUUUCUAAGUUAAGCUGCAAAAUGCAAAAUGUGGAUUGCCUUAAGAGGACAGAAGGACCCAUUUUGAAGGUUCAUGGACAUGGUGAUAGCAACAGGUACAAAUAUCUCUUACGUCCAACAGAAUCUUAGGUCAGCUUUAGUGAGAUGCUGAGAAGAACCUGGAUGGGUCCUGGAAUCCAAUAAGGAAAUUCUAGAUAUUUUUCUUUUUUUUUUCUUUUCUUUUUCUUGACUUAGGAUUUCUUACAGCAUGGAGGCAUAAUCAAAAUUUCCAAUUGAGGGGGUUUUUUGAGUGAGUUGAAUGGCUUUUUAUUGCUUUGAAGAGUUCAUGUGCCCACUUCUUGUUGGUAUGGCAUAGUCCCCAUAUGCAUGACUAGAAUUGCCUUUCCCAAGAUUUUCUAUAAUGGGAAUUUUGAUUUUUCUUAACAACUUAUUCGUAAUUCUUUCUACAACUCGGAUAGUGUAUUAACUCUAGUUUUGAUCAGAAUGCUGAUUAUCUUUUUUCUUUAUUUUUUUUUCAUACUAUGAAUUCCGCGGCCAAUCAAUAGCAAGC